GUUGUAUGUUGAGGACUCACAUAACAUUUUAUUUAACAGAACAGAAUACUUCCGAGGAGGUCAUGGUUUAGAUACAAUGAAUAUAAUUCUCUCUAGCCAGUUUAAACAGAAAUCAUUACAGAAUUAUUUAGAGAGAUGAAGAAACCGACUCUAGGCUCCUCUUCCAGGGAUGUCUUCCAAAGUCAUAUGAAAAACCUGGGCUGCCAAAUAGAGCUGUUGAUCUUGCCACAACCAGAAAGAAAUCUGUGCAACCAGGAAGCUCUUGCUGCAGCUGCCAGCUCCGGAAACAGACAGGCUGAAGUCUAAGUUGACUGAGAGCCAUCUAAUAUGGAAUUGUUGAUUGAGAAGGCCAGUUGUGCACCUAACUGAGACCGCCAGGAGCAGCAGCUUUGAGUGGCAGUCUUAACAGGAGGUGAGGCUGGGCACUGCCAUUCAAACAUUGGCAGAAAUGGCACUGCAGGCGCCACCUUCUGAUCCAAGCCUUUUGCUUUAGAUGUUCUCCAAGUGAACACUAUUAAGAUGAGAGAUGAGACAAUAGCAGAGCACAGAGGUCAGUAAGUCAAUGCCUUAGGCCUAGAGUUUUCUCUAGAAGAACAUUUGGCUCUGGUUACUUGCACAUGGGCCUGACGAGAAACCAUCUUGGUCAUAGGGUGACCUUGGAAAGAAACAGACUAAGGCCACUUAUAUUGGGUUUUAUACCACUUACAACCAGACUUAAUAUGGACAAAUAUAAACUCCAAAACAUGCCUUAGAAACAAUGCCCUCUAUAACGAAACUGACUUUAGAAUAAUUAUCUCAAAUGGCCUGUGAAAAUGAAUGAACGAAUGAAUGGCUUUUUAGAAAUAGGUGUAGCAAAAGAAUUAGCUUUAAAACUUUCAAGAUUCUGUUACAUUGUUUAUUUCUCUCAGUGAUCAUGUGCACUGUGUACAGAAUGAAAUUAAAAGAUGAAUGAAGGUGUUACUAAGAUAUGAUCCAUAACUGGCUUGCAUUUUUUAACAAAUAUACAUGAAAUUAAGCAUUUCUAUGAGAGCUGUCCUCUUGGAAGUAAGCAUGUAAGCAGAUCACACACUUUCUAUAAUGAUUUUCUUGAAUCAAACCACUUUUAAAACUAUGUCUUUAGAAACUCACAAACCAAGGCACAAAAUAGCCAAUACCCUUACAUUUUCAUUCUUUAGUCAUGUAUUUUUGAAAUUACCAAAGUCACUUGAGCUAAGGUUGAAGAGUAAUGGUGAUAACCAAGUUGAUUUUUUUAAAAAUCAAAAGCAAGGUGUGAUGUUAAAGUUACAUUUGUUUUCUGCAGUGAGUUGCAAACCAGUUACUGACUUUUCAAGUUGUUUCUCUUGAUUUUCAGUGUUAUCAUAUUAUUACAUUCAAAUUGUGAAACUUAGAAAAAGUAUGGCCAAGAGGGAAUUCAAGUUUAUAUUAAGCAAAGAGAAAAAAAGAGAGCACUUGGCUGCUUUAACUUUACAUUUUAAAAUGUUUAUUAUGAAACAUUUGAAACAUAUGGAGAAGUAGAAGGAAAUAUGCAACAAAUAUUCAUAUAUCUACAAUCCAGACUCAAAGAUUGUUAACAUUUUCCCAUAUUUAAUUUAUCCCUGUCUUUUUUUCAUACUGGAUGUUUUUGUUGUAGGUUUCGUGCAUCAUGAUGACAUUACUCUUGAAUACUUCCGCAUGCAUCUCCAGUAAAUAGGUGCUUAUCUUCAAAAUCACGAUUGCCAACAUUUAACAAAAUUAACAAUCAUUUUCUAACACUAAAAUUGUCUAUUUUGGGCCAUCUUCAGGUUGAUUCCUAAGUUCUUUUGACUCCACUGUAGUAUUUUUGAUCAUUUCCUAAUUUUGUUGUUGUGAUUUUCUGAUAUGGGAAGGUGUUCCAGGCUUGUUCUUUUCUUAGUCCCGGACAAAGCCAUUUCUCUAAGGAGCCAUGGUUCCUUUCAGUGAGAAAUUGUUUUCAGAGACCACAAUUUGGGUCUAACAGUUGCACCCUCUUAACUGAGUUCAUCAAUGUUUCUAGGCUUUCUAAGUAGAUAUAAUAAGGAAAUACAUAUACAUCCAUAAAAUGAAUUAUAAAUUAAUACUGAAAAUCCAAUUUAAAUUUAGGACCGCAGGUUUUACUUAGCCUCAUCAACUUUACAUUGGAAUCACUGCCACGCAGAAAAUUCCAGUUCCCAAUGGCAUCAACGUAAUUGUUAAUUUGCUUUAUCCCGCAAUGUACAUAUAUCCAAAAGGCAUAUAUUUCGGAAGAAUUAUAAUACCAACACAUCCUUUAAUAUUUUGUUUCCUAAAAAUAGUUGAAAACAUUUUUGUACUGUUUUAUCCCUUGAGAAUAUUUCACUAGAAUAUAGAGUCAUCAUUGUAUUCUAAAGUUAUUUGAAAUUAUUCCGCCCUCACUCGUCCUCCGCGCGUCGCCGCUCUUCGGUUCUGCUCUGUCCGCCGCCGUGGCCCAAGCUGACAUCGCGCUGAUCGGAUUGGCCGUCAUGGGCCAGAACUUAAUUCUGAACAUGAAUGACCACGGCUUUGUGGUCUGUGCUUUUAAUAGGACUGUCUCCAAAGUUGAUGAUUUCUUGGCCAAUGAGGCAAAGGGAACCAAAGUGGUGGGUGCCCAGUCCCUGAAAGAGAUGGUCUCCAAGCUGAAGAAGCCCCGACGGAUCAUCCUCCUGGUGAAGGCUGGGCAAGCUGUGGAUGAUUUCAUCGAGAAAUUGGUACCAUUGUUGGAUACUGGUGACAUCAUCAUUGACGGAGGAAAUUCUGAAUAUAGGGACACCACAAGACGGUGCCGAGACCUCAAGGCCAAGGGAAUUUUAUUUGUGGGGAGUGGAGUCAGUGGUGGAGAGGAAGGGGCCCGGUAUGGCCCAUCGCUCAUGCCAGGAGGGAACAAAGAAGCGUGGCCCCACAUCAAGACCGUCUUCCAAGGCAUUGCUGCAAAAGUAGGAACUGGAGAACCCUGCUGUGACUGGGUGGGAGAUGAGGGAGCAGGCCACUUCGUGAAGAUGGUGCACAACGGGAUAGAGUAUGGGGACAUGCAGCUGAUCUGUGAGGCAUACCACCUGAUGAAAGACGUGCUGGGCAUGGCGCAGGACGAGAUGGCCCAGGCCUUUGAGGAUUGGAAUAAGACAGAGCUAGACUCAUUCCUGAUUGAAAUCACAGCCAAUAUUCUCAAGUUCCAAGAUACCGAUGGCAAACACCUGCUGCCAAAGAUCAGGGACAGCGCGGGGCAGAAGGGCACAGGGAAGUGGACCGCCAUCUCCGCCCUGGAAUACGGCGUACCCGUCACCCUCAUUGGAGAAGCUGUCUUUGCUCGGUGCUUAUCAUCUCUGAAGGAUGAGAGAAUUCAAGCUAGCAAAAAGCUGAAGGGUCCCCAGAAGUUCCAGUUUGAUGGUGAUAAGAAAUCAUUCCUGGAGGACAUUCGGAAGGCACUGUACGCUUCCAAGAUCAUCUCUUAUGCUCAAGGCUUUAUGCUGCUAAGGCAGGCAGCCACCGAGUUUGGCUGGACCCUCAAUUAUGGUGGCAUCGCCCUGAUGUGGAGAGGGGGCUGCAUCAUUAGAAGUGUAUUCCCAGGAAAGGUAAAGGAUGCAUUUGAUCGAAACCCGGAACUUCAGAACCUCCUACUGGAAGACUUUUUUAAGUCAGCUGUUGAGAACUGCCAGGACUCCUGGCGGCGGGCAGUCAGCACUGGGGUCCAGGCUGGCAUUCCCAUGCCCUGUUUUACCACUGCCCUCUCCUUCUAUGACGGGUACAGACAUGAGAUGCUUCCAGCCAGCCUCAUCCAGGCUCAGCGGGAUUACUUCGGGGCUCACACCUAUGAACUCUUGGCCAAACCAGGGCGGUUUAUCCACACCAACUGGACAGGCCAUGGUGGCACUGUGUCAUCCUCGUCAUGCAAUGCCUGAUCAUGCUGCUCCUGUCACCCUCCACGAUUCCACAGACCAGGACAUUCCGUGUGCCUCAUGGCACUGCCACAUGGCCCUUUGCCCUAUUUUCUGUUCAGUUUUUUAAAAGUGUUGUAAGAGACUCCUGAGGAAGACACACAGUUUAUUUGUAAAGUAGCUCUGUGAGAGCCACCAUGCCCUCUGCCCUUGCCUCUUGGGACUGACCAGGAGCUGCUCAUGUGCGUGAGAGUGGGAACCAUCUCCUUGCGGCAGUGGCUUCCGCGUGCCCCGUGUGCUGGUGCGGUUCCCAUCACGCAGACGGGAAGGGUGUUUGCGCACUCUGAUCAACUGGAACCUCUGUAUCAUGCGGCUGAAUUCCCUUUUUCCUUUACUCAAUAAAAGCUACAUCAGACUGAAAAA